AAUAAAACCCCAAAACAGUCUACAUACAAGAGAAAGAGAAAGGGAGGGAGCGUCUAAGACACACGGCCUUUUUUUGUGUGUUUAAGCGGUCUGGCUAGUAGCUGUGCGUCUCUACUGUUGUUGGUGUAAACUUCAGUUUUAGUAGAAAACUGGAUAUUUCCAUAGUUCGCCAUGUCUGAGGAGAUUGAAGGAACAAGGCCUGCCACCGGGGAGGCAACCCGUGAGGAGAUUGAUGACACAGUCCUCAGCCCGGAGAAGGCAGAGGAGGUGAAACUGAAGGCCAGGUUCCCUCAUCUUGGAGCCAAACCUGGAGGCUCUGACCUGCUCCGGAAACGGCUUCAGAAAGGGCAAAAGUUCUUUGACUCUGGGGACUACAACAUGGCCAAGGCUAAGGUGAAGAACAAGCAGCAGCUGCCUGCAGUGACGCCGGCUGAGAAGGCAGAGAUCACCGGGGACCACAUCCCCACGCCCCAGGACAUCCCCCAGAGGAAGCCCUCCAUUAUGGCCAGCAAACUGGCUGGCUGAUGGAACUUUGACCUGUUCUGUUGUUACCAUUCCAUCUCUCUCUCUCUCUAGCUCUCUAUCUAUCUAUCUAUCGGCCCUAACCCUUCAAUGUUUGAUAUAUCUUGCUGUCGAUUCCACCACAGUACCUAAACCUUACAGAUUUGCAAACAUUGAAAGGUUAGGACUAAAGGGAACGGGUAGAGAGAUAAUUCAGAUCAGUUCUUUCUCUUUCCUAGACUUGUCUUCUGCCUCUCCCCCCCCUUUUUUUUCAUCACCACCUUCCCUAUAUGAAUUCUGAAAAAUAAUAUUUUUGAGAAUCAAGCAGAAAGACUCCUGAGAAAUAUUGCUGCCAGAGGGUGAUUGUCUUCGGAUAGUGACUGAAAUUAUUGGUUUAAAGGAACACAUUUUUGCCAAGUCUACUUCAAAGUGGCCUGUAUCUACUGUAGUGACUGAUGUAAACUGUAUCGUAGCCUAUCACCAUGUAUGGGAGAGGCCAGGUCAAUAUCUUAGACAUGUUUUACCUUCUAUAGCUUCCAUUUUGAUAUUUAAAUUAUGAGGUAAUAUUCUAGAACCAAACCGAUGAGAAUUCUUGAUUACUCCUAGAAUCCUCUCUUGUUCCGGUUCCAAAUCUAUUUCUGUUGCCUAGACAACACAAACCGAUCUGGUACCGUCAGUCUAAUGCCCUCCUCCACUGUCCAAAAGCUAUGUUUGUUUUGAUGCGUUGAUUGAAAAUAGCCUGUAUCGCACAGUAGCUGUCCAUGUAUAUUAUAAAUCUCAUCUAAACCUCUUAAAUGACCUUUAACAGUUUAUGAGCCGCUGUUUUUCUCUUGGGCAAUAUUUGCUCACUCACUCCAGUGAGAGAAUCUCCGCUUGUCUGAAAUGAAUCCCUAUAUAGUGCACUAUAUAUAUAUAUAUAUAAGGGAUAGGAUGCCAUUUCUGAUGACACAGCCUCUGUGAAUCUAGCCUAGGAAUGCCUGCCUGCCUGCCUCUAUAUCUGAGACUCAGGUCAUUUAGGUUUAGUAGUCCAGCAACUCGCUUUAAAUGAAGUGUCAGUUUGAACGGUGUGCAUGUGCAUUGACUGUGUGCGGUCACGUUGUGCCAUUUGUAUAUAAAAUAGUUUUGCACAAUA